AUGUCCCUGACAGUGGGGAUAUGGAGGACCCUCUUCUCCAUCCUAGCAUUUUCCUCGAUUCUCCUGGGCCUGGGCGCUCUCGCCACCGAUGCCCAAGGCGAGGCGCUUCUCUCUUGGAAGCUAACAUUAAACGGUUCCUCCGACGCCCUUUCCGAUUGGAACCCGAAGGAUACAACACCAUGUCGCUGGUCCGGCGUCUCCUGCGACGCCGACAACCACGUGGUGGAGCUGAAUUUGCAAUACAUUGACUUGUUCGGCGCCGUGCCUCGCAAUCUAAGCGCGCUGGCGGCUUCGCUCACCAAGCUCGUCCUCUCCGGGACCAAUCUGUCAGGCCCGAUACCACCGCAGCUCGGCGACCUGUCCCGGUUGACAGAAUUGGAUUUGAGCAGCAACGCGCUCACGGGCACCAUCCCCGCUGGCCUCUGCCGCCCGGGGAGCCGGCUCGAGCGUCUCCACCUCAACUCGAAUCUGCUCGUGGGCCCAGUUCCGAGUGAGAUCGGAAACCUCUCGGCUCUCCGAUGGCUGAUCGUCUACGACAACCAGCUCGACGGGGAGAUCCCGGCCACCAUCAGUCGGCUCGCCAAUCUGGAAGUGUUCCGGGCGGGCGGGAACAAGAACUUCCAUGGGCCAUUGCCCCCUGAGAUUGGCAAUUGCACCAGCCUCACAAUGCUGGGCUUGGCGGAGACGAGCAUCUCGGGGUCGCUGCCGCCAUCCAUCGGCCAGCUCAAGAAGCUCGAGACCUUGGCCAUCUACACGGCCCUGCUCUCCGGUCCAAUCCCACCGGAAGUAGGCCAAUGCGACGCGCUGCAGAACAUCUACCUUUACGAGAACUCCCUCUCGAGCUCCAUCCCUCCCCAGCUCGGCAACCUCAGCAAGCUCAAGAAUCUACUGCUCUGGCAGAACAACUUGGUUGGCGUGAUCCCGCCGGAGCUCAGCGGCUGCAGCGAGCUCUCCGUCGUUGAUCUCUCGAUGAACGGCCUCACCGGGAGAAUCCCGCCCACCCUCGGUAACCUCACCGCCCUCCAGGAGCUCCAGCUCAGUGUCAACCAAAUCUCCGGCCCUAUCCCGCCGACGAUCGCCGAGUGCCAGAACCUGACCGACCUCGAGCUAGACAACAACCAGAUCUCCGGCGUGAUCCCGGCGGAGCUCGGCCGGCUGGGGAAUCUCCGGAUGCUGUACCUCUGGGAGAACAAGCUGGUUGGUAGCAUCCCGCCGGAGAUCGGCGACUGCGCGAGUCUCGAGGCGGUCGACCUCUCGCAAAACGGACUGACGGGAUCGAUCCCCAGAGGGCUCUUCCGGCUGCGGAGCCUCGGCAAGCUGCUGCUCCUGGACAAUGAUUUGUCCGGGGAGAUCCCGCCGGAUAUCGGCAAUUGCUCGUCGUUGAUCCGCUUCAGGGCCAACGGGAACCGGAUAGCCGGCUCGAUCCCGCCGGAGAUCGGGGCGCUGAAGAAUCUCAGCUUCCUGGAUCUCGGUUCAAACCGCCUCGCCGGGUCCAUCCCGCCAGAGAUAGCCGGGUGCCGGAACCUGACCUUCGUCGACCUUCACUCCAACGCCAUCGCUGGGGCCUUGCCUGAGGAUCUCUUCGAGGGCCUGGUCUCACUCCAGUUCCUGGACCUGUCCGGCAACUCGAUAGGAGGAGGUUUGCCUUCAAAUCUCGGGCUGCUGACCUCGCUCACCAAGCUGAUCCUCGGAGGGAACCGGUUCUCCGGCCAGAUCCCGCCGGAGAUCGGCUCGUGCUCGAGACUCCAGCUUCUGGAUCUCAGCAAGAACGCGCUCUCCGGCGAGAUCCCGGCGAGUCUCGGAAAGAUCCCGGGCCUGGAAAUUGCCCUGAACCUGAGCUGGAACGAUCUCUCCGGCAAGAUCCCCGCCGAGUUCUCCAACCUGAACCGGCUCGGCGUGCUCGAUCUCUCCCACAACCGCCUCUCCGGCGAUCUACAGCCCCUGGUCGGGCUCCAGAACCUCGUCGCACUCAACGUCUCCUUCAACAACUUCUCCGGCCGCGUCCCCGACAAUCCAUUCUUCUCCAAGCUCCCCAUCAGUGAUCUCGAAGGCAACCCCGUUCUCUGUCUCGCCCGCUGCUCCGACUGGGAGGGUGACAAGGCCCGGCGCGACGCCCGGAGGGCCGCCCGCGUGGCCACCGUGGUACUCCUCUCCGUCGCGGUGGCGCUGCUAGCGGCGGCGGCGCUAGUUUUAGUCGGCCGGAGGCGGGAGCUUGGCGGCGGGUGCGAGGACGAGGAGAAGGACGGAGACAUGUCGCCACCGUGGGAGGUGACGCUGUACCAGAAGUUUGGGAUCGGGGUCGCCGACGUGGCGAGAAGCCUGACCGCGGCGAACGUCAUCGGGCGGGGAUGGUCUGGGGUGGUGUACCGGGCCAGGAUCCCGUCUACGGAGGCGCUGAUCGCCGUCAAAAGGUUCCGGACGUGCGACGAGGCAGCGGCGGCGGCGUUCGCUUGCGAGAUUGGGGCCCUGGCCCGCGUCCGCCACCGGAACAUCGUCCGCCUCCUCGGUUGGGCGGCGAACCGCCGGACCCGGCUGCUCUUUUACGACUACCUGCCGAACGGGACCCUGGGGGACCUUCUCCAUGGAGGCGGAGGGCCAGCGGUGGAGUGGGAAAUGAGGCUGGAUAUCGCCAUCGGGGUGGCGGAGGGCCUCGCCUACCUGCAUCACGACUGCGUCCCUCCGAUCCUCCACCGCGACGUCAAGGCCGACAACGUCCUCCUCGGGGAGAGGUACGAGGCCUGCCUCGCCGACUUCGGCCUCGCCAGUGUCGCCGACGACUGCGCCGCCACCGGGAGGGGCAACUCCACCCCGCCUCCUUUCGCAGGCUCGUACGGCUACAUAGCCCCCGAGUACGCGUGUAUGACUAGGAUCACGAAGAAGAGCGACGUGUAUAGCUUCGGGGUGCUGCUGCUGGAGAUCAUCACGGGGAAGAGGCCGGUGGACUCCACGUUCGCGGAGGGCCAGAACGUGGUCCAGUGGGUCCAGGAGCAUCUCAGGAGGAAGCGGGACCCGGUGGAGGUGCUCGACCCCAGGCUCCAGGGGCGGCCCGAUACCCAGGUCCAGGAGAUGCUCCAGGCCCUGGGCAUCGCCCUCUUGUGCGCCAGCACGCGCCCGGACGAUCGCCCCACCAUGAAGGACGUGGCCGCGCUCCUCCGCGAGAUCCGCCACGACGAGUCCAUGCCAGGCGGCGACACCCGCAAGGCCGGUGGAGUCGGAGGAGGAGGGAAGCGGGCGGAGCCGCCGCCGGCGUCACCCGGCCGGGUGGUGGCGCUCUGCGGCUCGUCCUCGGCAAGCGAUGACUUCCAAUAAUUGGACGGCGGUUGUCUUUUUCUAAUUGAUUGAUUGAUUCCUGACCAGGUAGACUCCUGGGUGAUGAUGGGAGAGUUAAAAAAAAAAAUAGAGAGAGUGGAGGGUGACCUUUCAACUUCAGGAGGGUGGGAAGGGACCAACCUGGAACGAUGGGUCCUUUUCCAGCAGAGCAUUUCUCUGGGUGGUGUUGUCGGAUGCAGCGGAAGGAGGAGGCUCUGCUUGGGUUGCUGGCCGGCAGUUGAUUGGUAUUUAGGUAGGGAGAGGCCCCGUUCACAUUGGUUGUUACGUAUAAUUGUACAACUACUGAUAGAUGUGAUCGACACAGCCACAAUGUUCCCCUCUUACUGAUUGAUCUGCAAUAUUGGUUAAUGCGGCGAUUUUCAUGAGAAUUGCCACUCGGCACCGCUCUCUACUCGGGGUCCGCAGUCCGUCUCAGGAUGGCGCUCGAUGAAUGGUGGAAUCCUCUUUGGAGUGGUACAAGCUUAUAGGCAAGCGCAAUAAUUUCAAUUUGCCACAUCAAACAGAAAACAAAGAAAAAUAAACAUAACAAUGCACCAUAAUGAAACAAUGAUUUGAAUGAUCGUUGUAUCGAGGAUGCCGUAUCCAUUUGUCAUGUGCAAAUGCAUGUGUUGCCCCCCGCGUCGAUCACUGUAAGCAGGUAUCGUUAUGCUGAAAAUUAUUUUUAAAUAAAUUUUAAGUACUAUACUAUGCUCUUGCAAG